CGCCAACUUUUCUUCUUUGUGCAAACACGCACGGCUGGGGCCGUCUCAACCUUUCAGCUCGCCAUUACCCUCACUUCUCCGACGGCACUGCAGGCCAGCGCCUAUUUCCUUCUGCACGCUCCUUGCCCGUGAAGCAUGAGGCGCAGGUCCAAUCGAGGAUGCGACUCCACGGCCCUCAAAGGGUCUUCGUCGCAGCUGCAGCAUGCCUUGCGCACCUGGCACGACCCAUAGAGGCACAGUUUCCCGACUCCACGCCCGAGCAUCUCAAUCUCACGACAAUCGCUUCUCCUAGUGAUCCGACAAUCUCAAUCAGCUACAAGGUCCCCGAGGGCGCCUGCAAGACUGCCUUUGACUCACAGCAGCAGUACACCGGCUGGGUCAGCAUCCCCGGUGACUACCCGACCAACACGUUCUUCUGGUUCAUCGAAGGGCGAGACGCCAAAGCGUCAUCCACCCUGACCGUCUGGCUCAAUGGCGGGCCGGGCUCCAGCUCCAUGUUUGGGCUAUUCAACGAAAACGGCCCUUGCGAAGUAAUCGAGAACGGCACCAGCAGAUUGACGACAGCAGCGAGAGAAUGGGGCUGGGACAGGGCGUCCAACAUGCUCUUUGUCGACCAGCCGAACCAAGUCGGCUUCUCGUACGAUGAAGCCACCGCGGGCUCGCUCGAUCUGAUGACGAACCGAAUCGCAAUACCAGCCACAACACGACCAAACUCGCUCCCCGCAAACGUGUUUCUGAACGGCACGUUCAGCUCCCAGAACCCUUUGCACACGUCCAACACCACGCAAACAUCCGCGACGGCCAUAUGGCAUAUGCUACAGGGCUUCCUAAGCACGUUCCCACAGUAUCGGCCACCCGCUGGCAACACACUGGGUGUCAACUUGUUUGCUGAAAGCUAUGGCGGCAAGUACGGUCCGGCAUUUGCUGAGAAAUGGCAGAAGCUGAAUGCGCUGCAACCAAACAGCACAGUCACAAACUCUACCACCAGCAUUGAGCUGAAGGCUUUGGGGAUCGUGAAUGGCUGCGUUGACGACCUCAUCCAAGGGCCGUACUACCCCAUCAUGGCAACAAAGAACAGCUACGGCCUUGCCGCCAUCAAUUCCGUCCGGGCACAGAUGGCGAACGCGAGCUUUUAUGCCGAUGGCGGGUGCCGGGAUCUGAUCACGCAAUGUCGAAGCACUGUCCUGGUCCUGGACCCGACGAAUUCCGGAACAGUCCCAGACGUCAAUCAGCUCUGUGCCAAAGCUUACAGCACUUGCAACGAGGAUGUAAUUCUGCCGUAUAGCGACUCAGGCCGAAGCGUUUACGACAUUGCUGCUCUGCUUCCAGACUCUUUUCCUUCUAGUCAGUACAUCGACUAUCUAAACACGCCUAAUGUCCAAGAGGCUAUGGGCACUCGGCUCAAUUACACAGAGACCAAUAUGGCCGUGUACUCGGCAUAUGUAAACACAGGCGACUUUGAGAGGGAAGCCAUGGUCCCAAAAUUGGCGAACCUACUCGCUAGUGGCAUUCGAGUAGGGUUUAUGUACGGCGAUCGAGACUACGUCUGCAACUGGUACGGCGGCGAAGCUGUCUCGCUGGCAGUUGCAGAAUCAGUCCCGGCAUAUGCGCCCUUUGCCAAGGCCGGCUAUGCCCCCAUAAUUGUUAACGACACAUACAUCGGCGGAGUUGUCCGCCAAUUCGGCAACCUUUCAUUCAGCCGUGUCUAUCAGGCGGGACAUUUUGUGCCUGCUUACCAGCCCAACACAGCCUUUGAGAUCUUUGCCCGGAUCAUCUAUGGCACGAGUGUAUCCACAGGGGCACAGAUCAACUUGUCAUCGUACAACACAACGGGCGAUAGCAGCGCAUCGAGCGCAAUGGACUUGCCCGCAAGCCCCGAUCCAACAUGCUACAUACGCAACAUUGCCGGGAGCUGCAACGACCAGGAGCAGAGUGCCAUUAUCAACGGCAAGGCGACCUUUGUUAAUGGCGCCUUGGUCACACAGUCGCCCACGACGAGCAUACCUGCUACUACAGUCGUGAUGACGGCGACUACCACUGCGCAGUUGACGGGUGUGUUCACUGCCACGGCGACGCCCUCGAAUGCUGCCACGCGGGGUGGGGUCAGCAAGGGCGAUAUUGGCUCAGUGGUUGCAGCCGCUUGUGCCGCCGCUCUACUCAUGUAGGCAACAUGUACCAUAUAAAAGAUCUUGUAGAAUUGGCUUGUAGAAUUGGUAAUAAUGCAUAAUCUUGGCACAGGCCGACAUGACUAGAGUUAUUGUCGUACCACAUUACAAAAUUCUUUCAGGCCGAAAGACCAGGAAGCACUCCAAACCUGACUGAGAAUCAACGCGGUCUCACCCCUUCUUGCAUCCAUACCUUGGUCACAUAGCACUACUACGGCGUC